AUGGAUGUGAGCGCCAACAUCAUCGGCAUGUGGUGCACUCGAAACUGGGUUGCUCUCCUCCUCCUCCACCUCUUCCUGGUUCAUUCCUCACAGUCUUUGGCUCCAGAAGAUCUGGAGGAGCUGGAGGAAAUGGCGGUGGAGGUAAUAGUUGACAGCUCUCCCUGCAGCGUCACCUGUGGGCUGGGAGUGAAAAGACAAAUGCUGUGCUUUCUGAAAAACGACAUGAGGUUGGAGAGAGGAGGAGAAGAGGAUGGAAAGAAGUGGUUGUCCGAAAUGAAGGACUGCCGGGAGCGUAAAGUGAGGUGCCUGGAAACGUGGCAGUGUGGACUCAAACUGGUCACUGUGAUGAUGGGAGAAAGACUGGAGAUGGACUGUCUGGGAGAAGUCAUGGAGGCCAUGGGACGCUACUCCUGGAGAGUGUCAUGGCGUUAUGCUCGUGGAGUUAUCAGCUCUGAUGAUUCUCUCUUUGCUCGUUGGAAAGCUGCACGACUGGACCAAGUGAUUCUGGACCCAGUCAGAGAGGAAGACGCAGGCACGUACCGUUGUGACGUGCAGGACACAGGCUUCCGCAGGGUGAAGCGGGUUUACCAGGGGGUCCUGGUUUUGCCCCGGGGGGUUCUGAAUCUGGACUAUGCCAGCUCCCUGGCCCGAUGGGAGUGGACUGGGCCUCACCAGAACCUGACUACAGCAUCAGGCCCGCGCUACCACAGCACAGCCGUCCGCGACAUGAUGCUCACCAGCUCCCUCCUGGCAGGAGCACUGGUGAGUUUGAUCCUGAUGGGUCUGUACUGGGCAGUGCUGAAGAAAGGGAACAGAGAGAGGAGGAGAGAAGAGGUGGAGGAAGGAGGAGUGGGCGGUGGGAUCCCCAUCAUGAUGGAAGAUGUUGGAGGAGAGGGGCAAGAGGGAACACUCCCGAGCACCUCGAAGGUCACUGAAGACAAUGACGUAGAAAGCUGUGACUCCUAA